UGUGUGGCUACCGCUAGCUCCAGGUCCCAGCAGCAGACUGACCGAGCAGAUAGUCGAGUGACGUGACGCCGGUCGACACUAAGAGUUGUCCAUUUUGAACCGACGGUCUGGUGCCAGGGGACGUUGCUGGCGCUCGACCAAUGGGAGCAGAGGUUGUUACGGAGCGUCGCGUUCGGACUCCCGUGUGGAGGAAGUUCAGUUUGUUAUGAUAAGUGCAUGGUCGGAGCGUUGAGUCGCUCAGUCUGAUAGGUGGAGAUGUUCCGCAAUGUGCUAUGGAAGACUUUGGGGUUUGUUGGCUACACAAUCCAGUAUGGCUGCAUUGCUCACUGUGCCUUCGAAUACAUAGGAGAAGUUGUGGUGUGUUCUGGUCCAUCCAUGGAGCCCACCAUUGUCAACCAUGAUGUUGUCUUCUCUGAACGCAUGAGUCGUCACCUUUGCAAAAUACAAAAGGAUGAUAUAGUAAUUGCAAAGUGUCCAUUUGACCCACAUAUGAACAUUUGUAAAAGGGUCAUUGGAUUGGAGGGUGACAAGGUCCUCACAAGUGACCCAUCAGAUCUGUUCAAGGCCCACACAUAUGUACCAAAAGGCCACGUAUGGCUAGAAGGGGAUAACCUUAGGAAUUCCAAUGACUCAAGGAACUAUGGCCCAAUUCCCUAUGCCCUCAUCCGAGGGCGUGUUUGCUUAAAGCUCUGGCCGCCACACAGUGUCGGGACCCUCAAUGGAAGCCCAACUAGGCGGAUCAUUAAAACUCAGAGUGACUCAGACUCAGAUUGACUAAUUGAUUUUGUUUAUACCAUACUUUGCUAUGUUUUCAAUAAUUUUUGAAUAAAAUUUAUAUUUGCUAUACAUGC